GCUGAAUAUGAGGCGACGACAAUCACUGUCAAACGUGUUCACUAUUACUCUGACUCUGGUAACGUGACUUCCUGGUAACGUGUUAGGUAGGAAAAGCAGUAAAAAAGUGCAUAUUAAGGGAGCAGAUUUGAAAUAAUAUUUAUACUUAACAAGAAAUAAUUAAAGGUUCAAUGGGGAGACCUAAAGAUUUACGCAUAUGGGAGCACUACCGUACUUUACCAAACAAGUCUGUUUCUUGCAAGCUUUGUAAUAAGGUCUACAAAUUCAGUAAUGCUGCCAAAAUGCUUCAACAUCUUAUCACUUGUCCAAAAUCUCCAGAAACAUUAAAAGACUCUAUGAAACUUAUAAAAGAUAGCUCGUCCAAAACCAAAAUGUCUGGACUGUCAGAGAUAGAGACAAAUGAUUCUUUUAUAAGCCCCUCGUCGUCUGCUAACACUACAAUAAAUGCUGAGUUUCAAGACACCGAUGAUCAUAUAAAAACAGAAUUAGCGAGAGCUAUAUUUGUAACAGGGACGCCAUUAUCGAUGGUGCAACAUCCUUUAUGGAUACAAUUUUUCGAAAAAUUGCAACCAAAAUUUAAAAUACCUUCACGUAAAGCUUUAGCGACAAAAUACUUAGAUAAAAUAUAUAGAGAAAUGCGUUUUGAGUUAAAUGAGGAACUAAAUGCUUGUAGUUACUUACACCUUCAGUGCGAUGGCUGGUCUAAUUUAAGAAAUGAAGGAAUAAUAAACUUUCUUAUAUCAAAACCUCAACCUGCAUACGUUAAAAGUUUGAAUACAGAAAGUAAUCCUCACACUAGUGAAUACCUUAGCCAAGAAGUUGAAAAAGUAAUGAAAGUGUAUGGAGCAAAUAAGUUUCUUGUACUUAUUGGCGAUAACGCUAGAAAUAUACAAAAGGCAUUCGAAUUAACAAAACUCAAAUAUCCACAUGUUGUUCCUCUCGGUUGCUGUGCACAUAUCCUUAACUUGUUGUGCCAAGAUAUUGUAAAGAUACAAGAAGUAACUGUGUUUAUUAUGCAAGCCAUAAAUAUAAUAAAAACUGUUAAAAGGAGUCAACGAUUAAGUUCCUUGUUGAUAAAAUCAAGGCAGGGUGAAGAUUCUACACAAACACUAAAAUUGCCUUGUGCUACAAGAUGGGGAAGUCAUGUUACUUCGUUAAAAAGUUUGAAAGCAAAUAAGAUAGCUUUGCAAAUAUUAACAGUUAGAGAAGAUGUGGUAAUUUCAAGAGAUAUUAAAGAUUUAAUUCUAAGUGAUGAUUUCUGGACGAAGACAGGGGAAUGUAUAAGUAUUUUGGAACCAGUCACUGAAAGCAUAUUUUACUUAGAGAGCGACCAGAAUCGUUUGCAUCGCACAUACAUUACAUUUAGAGAUGUACAAGCUAAGAUACGUUUUGCAUUAAAUGAGAUUUCGACAUUGAGCGAAGAAAGCAAACAGCAGAUUCUAACAUCAGUAUCUUCAAGAUGCAAUAUGGCAAUGAGGCCAAUACAUUUUGCAGCAUAUAUUCUAGACCCCAGGACUCUAGGAGUCGAACUUACUCAAGAGGAAGAACUUAAGGGUAUGGAGUUUAUCUACAAUUUAAGCCAACACUUAAGUUUGUCAAAUGUAAUGGCAGAUUUGGCGUGUUAUAAAGCUAAAGAAAACUUUUGGGCCAGAGGAUUUGUAUGGAGCUCAUUAGAUAGCAUUGAGCCCCUAAUAUGGUGGAAAGGUAUUUGUGGUUCCACUGAGUUAAGCAAAGUAGCGAUUCGUAUUCUAUCAGCUCCCUGUACUUCGGCAGCCACUGAGCGUUCCUUUAGUAUCCAAGGCUACAUACAUAAUAACAAAAGAAAUCGACUUACAACUGAAAGAACUGAAAAAAAUUUCAUUCAUUUGUUAUAACUGGAAUCUUAAACAUAAAGCUGAAUGCGAGGACAUUCAGUUUAAUGAAGAAAAUACCUUAGAAGCUUUCAUUGAGCAAGUAAAUGAACAUAACAGUUUAGACGAAAUAGAGCCUAUCGAACCUAUACAAUUCAUCGCUUGUAAUAACUCUGAAUCUGACAGUGAUUGACUGUAGUUUUACAUUUUACUUUCAUCUCUUUCUUAAUAAACUCAAAAUCAAAUUAAAAGUUUUUUAUUCUGUAGGCUGCAUAAUAAUAUUGUCUAUGUCCAGUAUAGUGGACGUCUUGCGGCUGAGAUGACGAUGAUGAAGUACAAAAUCAUAAACACCCAAAAAUUUGGGUGUUUAUGGGGUUUAAACCCAAUAAACCCAAAACACCCGGUUUUUACCCACCAGACUUUAAACCCACCCAGGUGGAUUGCCCAUCUCUAUAGGAGGCUAUUAGAUUAU